AUGAGCAACAAUAACAACAACAACAACAACAACAACAACGGAAAUAACACCAACCAAAACAGAGUCAGUGGUCCAACAUCUGCUUUGAGCAGCUUUUUAAGGGAGCAUGGUAUUAGAGUUCCUAAUGCAAGUCGACGAGCCAGAAGAGAACGCUUGCAACAAGCCCAAGAGAACGGUACGGAUGAAGCUGCUCAAGACACGCAGACAGAAGCAGCUCCAGAACCAGGUACUCAAGACACUGAGAUGGCUGAAUCAUCCACGGCUGCAAGUAGCUCUGCUGCGCAAAAUGCUACUUCUUCCAUGUUGUACAAUCCUCGUUCAACCCAAAAGACCAAGAAACGAUUGAGAAAGAAGAGCAAUGAGAACGGUGAUGGUAGCGACAGCGAUACUGACGACGACAAUGACAAUGCUGCUGGUCCAUCCUCCUCAUCCAGAAGAGCCUUGCCAGGCCGUUCUCGCAUCGUCUUUUGCGCCAAGUGUAAAGGAAGAUUUGCCCGCAAGAACGAUGAAGACGCAAGCAACACUAUCUGCCCUGCUUGUCAGGCUGGCCCCUCCACUGUCAAGAAGCAAGCGAGAAAGAAGAAGGUCAUCCCCACCAUCAAGAAGCAAGCCAUCAGCACGGAGGCUUUGCCCUCGUUGCAAGAUUGCUGCAUUGCUGUGAUUGCUGAGUAUAUUGAUGAGGUAGAGAACUUUGGCGAUAUUGCUGAUGACAGUCUUGAGAAGUUGGCCAAGAUUAUCUCUCGUAACCGCAAAAUCAAUGACAUGACAGCCAGGCUCUUUAUGCAACCCUUUAGAAAGCAACUGAGCUUGUUUGACUGCACCAAUAUGUCGGAUCACGGCUUUUACAUGAUCUCUCAGUUCUGCCCCAAAUUGCAAUACCUCAGCUUGAUCUAUUGUGGUCAAAUCACGGACAAAUCACUCAAAGCUUAUCAGGAGCGCUUACAUGAUCUCAAGUCGUUGGAAAUGUCUGGUCCCUUCUUGGUCACCAAAGAGGCUUGGAUCUCGUUCUUUGAGACGGUGGGAGCUCGUCUGGAAUCCUUUGAGGUGCGUCAUACUGCUCGAUUUGUCAAGGAAUGCAUGGAGGCAUUAGCUGCGCACUGUCCUAAUCUGAAGAAGCUCAAGUUUGGCCAUCUCUCCCACUUCAACUCUGAUUGGACUCCUCUUAUUGCUAAACUCAAGCAUCUGGAUACCUUGGAGCUGGCUUGGACAUCGAACGAAAACACUAUGCAUACCGAGGAUAUUGUGCAUUUGCUAUCUGAAGUGGGCUCUGGCCUGAAGGAUCUCUCAAUCAAGGGCGGACAUGAACUGACAGACGACAUGCUGUCGAAAGGCAUCCUCAAGUACUGUCAUCAAAUUAAACGCUUGAAUCUGGAGCAAUGUGAUCAAUUGACCUCUCCUGCCAUGGUGGAGUUCCUGGAUCAAUGGCAAGCCAAGGGACUCACUCAUCUUGACAUUUCUCGCUGCACCAAAUUCGACGACACUGUAUUAGAGGCUGUUCUCCGUCACUCUGGCAAGUCAUUAGAGUAUUUGAACUUGCACAGCUUGAUUGAAUUGACUGCCGCUCCGCUGGAAUUGAUUGCUGGAAACGACACUGAUCUCACACCUUGCCUAUCACUCACUCACCUGAAUUGUGGGUUUGUGCGCUCCAUGGAUGAUUAUGUACUUAUGAAGCUCAUAAAGCACUGCACAUCACUUCGAAAUAUCCAAGUCUGGGGCUGCCACAUGUUGACUGAAAGCAUUCCUUCCAAGCCUGGAUUGCGUAUUUCAGGCAGAGAAAUGUCGGUUCAAUACAUGUAA